GCUAGUCACAUUUUUAUUCUUGUAGUUAACUCAAAUGAAGUUAGUUGUGUGUUCGAUAUCUAAGUUUGUAAGUCUGAAUUACGUUUGCAGACAAAUAACGAUUAAAUUGGAUGUCAAGUUUGAUCUGAUUUUAUAAAACUGGCCUAAAUAAGGAAAAUUGCCUAUAUGAAUUGACGUUAAUUGUACCGAAGUAAUAAAAUGUAGCAACUUUCUUUCGCUAAAGAAUUUCAUAUAAUUCAUUUAAUUUUUCCAGCGCUUGUUUCAGUCACGUUUUAUGUAGAAAAUCUUUGAAAUUAUAUUUUUGGCUGAUUAUCAUUUAGUCCCAACUAAAAUUCUUAUCUAUAGUAUAAAGUCGUGAUGGCAAUUCAUCGUAUAAUUCGUGGCACGUAUUCAUGGUAACUUUUGUAAUUGUAUUGCUUAACUUGUUUAUUUAUUAUCAACUCACCCUUUUUAAAUACCUGAGUUCCAAACGUUCCAAAAACAACAAUGCCCUCUACGUAUGCAUUCGCACUAUACCACGAAAGUGUUUAUCCUAUAUCCGUCACGCUUAAAUUCUGUAUCUAGUGAAUGUAAAGAUAAGAUUCUGUUAUCUCAUGUUACAGCUUACCAAAAUCUAUCGUUAUCCGAAAAAGUUAUCUUUAAUACUCUCGUAAAGUUUUAUCCCUCUUGAAGUUCGAAAGUUGAAUAGUGUUCCCUCUUUAGUCAAGUUCGCGGAGCAACGAUACAUAUAAAUUGCAGUAUAACGUGGUAAAUCACACUUACCGAAGAUCCGAGAUCUCAUAUGAAUAAUUCGUAAACGAAACUUUGUUGUCGCCCUGAGACAUAACCCGUAAGAAAAGUUAUCCGUAAGAAAACAAGAAAAGUUAUUACAGUGCGCACACAUUAAUGCGAGCGAAGAUGUAGGGUAGUGUCACGUUAAGUGGCCGAACUAUGCCUCGAUAACUGGCUAUCGUUAUCCCCACCAGUCAUGUGAACUGAUUUUAUGAAGCGAGGUUUUAAUGUUGCCUAUGUGAAAUAAAUGUGUUAGGCUAUGAUUACAUGCGUGUUUUGACGAAUUGAAUUAUUAAAGCAAUCAAAUAUGUGUAUAAAUUAUUACGAGUAGAGUGCAAGUUUUUAUGUAAAUUUAUAUUUUUAAGGGUAUAAUUAAAAUAGUAUAGAUUCGAUAAAAAAUUGUUUUAUCUGCUAAGUAUUAUAGAAAGCACUAUAUUUUGAAUAUUAUACAUGUAUAUCUUUUCAUACUAUGUGCAUUCUAUACAAUUUUACACUUUCAAAUUUCCUGCAAUAAAUGCAUAAGAAUCCGCAAUCUAUGAAUGAAUAUAUACGUAUAUCGGUUUCCAGAUGUUUCAUUCGUCAGUAUGACAAUUUGCUAGAACACAUCCACUGUAACCGUAGCCUUAGGUGCCCGUAUUGCAUUCGCGCUUAAUGAAAAUGAAAGAUAUUCCAGAUUUCUUAGAAGUAUACCGUCCUUGGUAACUGACCAGAUAAGGUCCCAACCCGCGACCGGUUAGCGAAGUAUUACUAUAUAAUCGGUGGGUCGGUCACUUGUGUGUGUGUGUGUGUGUGUGUGUGUGUGUGUAUGUGUGCGCGCGUAUGGUGUGUGUAAAACAGGUGGCGCUGAUGCAGGAGCCACAACCGAAAUCGAGAAAGUCAGUCAGUCGGUCUCGCGCCUUACGCGUGUGCUUGUCAUGUUUUGUGUUCGUUCGUAGUAUUGGGGCGUCGUGUUUCAUUAUCACGUAUUCACAUUUAAAACGAUUGUCAACGAUUUAUCGUGACAAGAACAUUCUUUCUGUUCAAUUCUACGAGGACAACAACAGGAACUUGCAUCUAAACGGAGUGACGCCGGUUCAGGACGAUGCCGGAAACGUAAAGGACGCUUCGAAGCGUCUAUGACAGGAUGAUGCAGAAAUGGUGACGACUUUCAGCGUUGGACAACUGGGCGUUCGUCCUGCGGGAGACAAAGACCAGAAGUAAGGAUGGCCUUUCACUGGGAUAAGCUCUCACCGGCAGAAUUUCAACAGCUUCAGGAUUUAGCAGUUUAUUCUGCGCGAAAGCUACAAGAUGUCCUCACCGAAUUCUGCGGAUCAAACACAACGCCCAGCGGUGCGCCGAAAUAUCAUCCAGAUGGUGACAUCGAUUACGAGGGAUUUCGUAAAUUUUUGGACACCUAUCUUGAAGUGUCAACCCCCGAUGAACUUUCACGACAUCUUUUUUUAUCGUUCGUUAAGAAGGUGCCUCGAGUCGAUGGAAAAGCUUUCAAAGAAAUGGCUGUGCUAUCGUCGACAACCGCCUGUGCUGCCAUUACGUCUCACACAACGUCCAGCAGCAACGUGAACAACACCGGUUUACCUGGUGGAACGUCGUCGGAAGGACAUAGUUCUUCCUUGGCCGACAAAAUUCAUGGUCUCACGGAGAAGUUGCAAGCAUUAGGGCACCAUAGAACGGAAAGCGAAGCCUCCACCAGAGCACGCACAGGAAGCGUCCAUCCUAUAUUGACGAUACAGCACACCUCGUACAGCUGUCACGAUGUGAUUGAGAAGAAGAGCACCGACAGCAGCCCAAGUCACAGCCAAAUGUCGCGAAAUUCGUCCAGGAAGUCGAACAAUUCGUUGCUCGUCAACAACGGGAAAUUGGAAGAAAUGAGAAACUUCGUUAGAAAACAGAGCACGAUAGAUGUCCACUCGGUUAAAGUCAGCCUCAAGGAUAUCGUGUGCUAUCUUUCCCUCCUGGAAGCUGGUAGGCCAGAAGAUAAAUUAGAGUUCAUGUUCCGGCUGUACGAUACAGAUGGGAACGGCGUUCUUGACACAAACGAGAUGGACUGCAUUGUCAAUCAGAUGAUGAAUGUCGCCGAGUAUCUCGGAUGGGACGUCUCGGAAUUGAAACCGAUACUGCAAGAUAUGAUGAUAGAAAUAGACUACGACGCGGAUGGUACGGUAUCUCUGGAAGAAUGGAAAAGGGGUGGUCUGACGACGAUCCCGCUGCUAGUUCUUUUGGGCUUGGAUUCUCACGUAAAGGAAGACGGUAACCAUCUCUGGAGGCUAAAACACUUUAGCAAACCCGCCUACUGCAAUCUCUGUUUGAAUAUGCUAGUCGGUCUCGGAAAGAAGGGCCUUUGUUGUGUCUUUUGCAAGUACACUGUCCACGAAAGGUGCGUUCAAAGAGCACCAGCCUCUUGCAUAGCCACCUACGUGAAAAGCAAAAAGACGUCGCAAACGAUGGCGCACCAUUGGGUCGAGGGAAAUUGUCACGGCAAAUGUUUCAAAUGUAGAAAAACUAUCAAGAGCUACAACGGGAUUACGGGUUUGCACUGCAGAUGGUGUCAAUUGACAUUGCAUAACAGAUGCGUUUCGCAAGUGAGGACAGAGUGCACGUUGGGUGAGUACGCAGUUCAUAUCCUUCCGCCUACGGCGAUUUGUCCAGUUGUCUUAGACAGGCAAAGAUCGUUAUCUAGGGACAGUAAAAAGGGAAGCAAACACGGCCAGGAUUCGUCGACUGUUGCCUCGCAAAGUGGAUUCCUGACAUCCGGUGCUGCUACUAAUCAACAGCCAGCUAUGUCCUUCCAAAUUACACCGCCGCCGGACACUUUUCCACUUCUGGUGUUCAUAAAUCCAAAAUCCGGAGGAAGGCAAGGCGAACGCAUGUUGAGGAAGUUCCAAUAUAUCCUGAACCCGCGCCAAGUUCAUAAUCUGGCCGUGGGCGGACCUAUGCAGGGUUUGCAAAUGUUCAAGGACGUGAAGAACUUUAAGGUGAUCUGCUGCGGCGGUGAUGGUACCGUUGGCUGGGUGUUAGAGACAAUGGAUCGUGUCCAAUUCGAGCAUCAACCAGCCGUAGGUGUCAUACCAUUAGGGACAGGCAACGAUCUUGCGAGGUGUUUGCGAUGGGGUGGUGGUUACGAAGGAGAAGCUAUUCAUAAAGUACUCAAAAAAAUAGAGAAAGCGACACCUGUAAUGAUGGACCGCUGGCAGAUAGAAGUACUUGAUCAGAAAGAUGAGAUGAAACCAAAUCAAGACAGUAUACCGUACAAUAUCAUUAACAAUUACUUCUCUGUGGGCGUGGACGCCGCGAUCUGUGUAAAAUUCCACAUGGAAAGGGAAAAGAAUCCCGAGAAAUUCAAUAGCCGGAUGAAGAACAAACUUUGGUACUUUGAGUACGCGACAACGGAACAAUUUGCUGCCAGCUGUAAAAAUCUUCACGAAGAUCUAGAGAUCAUUUGUGACGGGACACCGUUAGAUUUAGCACACGGACCUUCUCUCCAAGGUGUCGCAUUAUUAAACAUUCCUUUUACUCAUGGAGGUUCCAAUCUCUGGGGUGAACACCAUACGAAACAUCGACUUGGUAAACGCAAGAAACGACCAGACAAAGAACUAAGCACCAGCAGUUUUAAUUCCGUAGAUCUUACAGCCGCGAUACAAGAUAUUGGAGACAAUCUCAUAGAGGUGAUCGGUUUGGAAAACUGUUUGCAUAUGGGUCAAGUGAAAACUGGACUUCGUCAUUCCGGUAGAAGGUUGGCACAAUGCAGUAGUGUCACCAUCACCACCAGCAAACGUUUCCCGAUGCAAAUCGAUGGUGAGCCAUGGAUGCAGGGUCCAUGCACUAUUCACAUAACGCAUAAAAACCAAGUACCGAUGUUAAUGGCACCGCCACCGGAAAAGGGUCGAGGCCUCUUCCGUUUCUUAAAGAGGUGAACUUCAAUAUUAUCAAAUAACGAAACUGGAAAAUCGAAAUAAUCGACUCAGUUCUCGAUCAGAACGUAGUCUCGACGUCGUCCCGCCUGUUUUAUCUUAUCUUAAUUAAAAGAAAGGGAGAAUGAAGCGUAUCAAUUCGGUCGUACUUAACACAGCUUCGAUGCUCGUCCGAGAGCAUGGAACGAGCUUCGACGUAACUUAGGUAUUCUUGUGUACAGUAUUUUUGAGAAUAAUAAUAAAGCAUCGCUCGUCUUAGUGAUAGGAUUAGCGGUAGACUCGUCGGUCAUCGAUACCGAUGUAUGAUCGUUUUGUAUACUAUGCGGAGAUACGCCGAAUAUGUUUUCUUCUCUUCCGUUUCUCAAAUCCGUGGCUUGAGUCUACCGUUUCAAAUGUGCAAGCAAAUACGAGGUUGUACUAUUGCAAUCGAGCGUAUAAUUUAUAUACCGACAUAACGGAUUGUACGGUAUCAUGCAAAAGAGAAAAUAAUCUCGUACGUAACGUUAUCUAGAUAAUAUUAACGACAACUUCUUUAAUCAUUCUUUUUCUUUGUACAACACUUAGAUAUAUCGUAAGGGUUUUAUUUCUCCAUAAAAUAUCAUAGUUGAAGAUAUGCAGAUCAUAUUCUUUAGAUGAAUAAUAUUUGUUGUAAGUAAAGAGUAUAAAAUCUAAUUUUAUAUCGAUCAAACGUUGAGUAUGUAUCUGUUGUACGUUAUUUUAUAUUCUACUUGCUGUUUUUUGAUCUGCAUAUCCUCGACCAGUCUUGUAUCCGUUUACUUUUAUAAAGAAAAAAAAAGAAAGGAAGAAGUUUAUCGCAUUAACGGCGCAUGAAACUAUUCGAAUCGCUCCUCUUUUUUGCACGACUCCGUCCAAUAAUCAAAGAUCUUCUACUUUUCUCUCUUAACGUUAAGAUUUUUGUACGGAAGCUUAGUCGUAACUGCUUAGACAUAAAUCACGAUAGAUUGGUUUUAUUUAUUUAUUUAUUUAUUUAUUUAUUUAUUCGUCCGAACUUAUUUAUUUAUUCGAUGGCUCUCAAGACGGAGCAGUAUAUCGUAAGCAUAUCAGCAUCAGCAAACCGAGCGCGGCUAUAAAUUAGAGCCGCGAGGUUCAGUUGUUCCGCGUUUGUCUUUUGUAUGAAUCGCACAAUCAAAAGUUACGAAAAUUAUGCGUAUAUUUUCGAUUUGAUGCGAUGUAGCUUGUUAAUCGGUGCAAUAGUUCUUAUAAUGCGCGCUCUUAUAAAUUAGUCCCUUAAGUUUCUCUUCAACAUAUUGUUGUCUUUCUACACGUUGGCCAUCUCUCGAUCGAUACGCAAAUAGAGUUAGCACUUUUUUAAUUGUACGCGUAUUAACGCGCGUCGAACUAUUAAAACAUAGAAGUGGAUUACAGUGGACAUAUUAAAUAUCAUAUUGCUAAAUAAGUAGGAGACAAACACAGAUAUUAUAAUC